AUGCUCGCUGCUCUCUCUUUCUCUUUUGACCACAGCUUGGACUUUGAGAUUGACAAUUUGAAGAAUACCAUCAGCCGCUACAUCGUCACACGAAUGUUUCAUCACAACCCUCACUCCAAGUCCUUUUCCCUCGGUAAGGAACACUCCACGUUCCGCUCUGAGGAGAUCUACCGAGCUUGGGUCGCUGUGACCAACGACGAACGACUCCAGAGAGCACUUACCCCGGAUGACCUCAUCCUUCUGUACAUCUGCAUGGUGCAGUACAAAUGGUGGCCCGAUCUGGUUCGUAAAUACGAACACCGGUUCAACUCAACGCUCCUCCAGGAAUAUGGUAAAGUUAAAGGAGACCUCCAGGGUACGUUUGAAGAGACUUUCAAGUUGUUUCUUUCCCGCACUUGCUUUGGAGCGCAUCCUUGGAUGGAAAAGAUUUCAGGAUCCCCUUCCUCUGAAGACAGCAGCGAAAGGUACAGGCACUCCCCCAUCGCCGGACCCUACUCAAUCUUCCAGCCUCCCUCUGGAAAUCCAAACAACUUGGAUAAUACUGAGCGCCAGCUCCGUCAUGACCGCAGAGAGGCAUCCGUUAACUCUGCUGUUGACGAGUUCUCCGACCUGAUCGAGCUAUACCAAUAG